UUAACACUUGGUUAACGUUUGACCAGAAAAGGAUGGGCCUGCUCAGAUCACUCUGGGGUCUGAGGAGUGACUCGCUCAAUCUCUCCGGCAAGACUGUGAUCAUGACACCCAUGAUGAAUCUGUUGUUGCUCCCACUCCUGUUUUUAUCCUUUGCUGGAGGGAAGGAUCUAGAGGAGAAGAAGGGCCCCUUUGAGAACACAGAGCUGGAUGUGCCAGAGGGGACACCAGUGCCAUAUGCCAUCUAUCAGUUUCAGGUGACCCAUCCGGGAGUUAAUAAUUUCAGGUUGAGUGGAGAAGGUCAGGAUGGCAUUAUGAUUACAAAGGACGGGUGGCUCUACCUGGAGAUGCCUCUGGACUGGUCUCGAAAUGACCAUUACAUAAUCAUGGUUGAGGCACUGGCAGAGGAUGAAGUUGUGGAUGACCCAGUUUAUGUGACCAUACAUGUGUUGGACGUCAACAACAACGCUCCGUUCUUCAACCAGAGCAUCUACACCGCUGUUGUCAGAGAAAACAAUCCAGAGGGUAUCCCAUUUACUCGCGUCUUUGCGUCGGAUGAGGACGACCCAGAGACUCCCAACGCUCAUCUGACCUACAGCCUGGUCAGCCAGAUCCCCAACAAACAGCACAUCCCCCUGUUCCAGAUCGACCCCAACACUGGAGAGAUCUCCACCACAGAAGCAGGGACACAGAUGCUUAAAGCCAGAGAAGGCAUCCAGUACGGCAGAGGAGAAGAUCAGAGCAUUGAUGCUCUGAGGACAAAGUUCAACGAUUACUGUCCAGUGCAGAACAUCCCCUUUGAAGAAAACCCCUUCUUCACCUGCGUGGAGCGAGCAGAAACGAGGAGGAGGAAUGUGGAACCCCUGGAUGACCCAGACUACACCCUCACUGUGCGCGUGCAGGACCUGGGAGGAGCUUCGCAGACCGCGCUGAGUGGAAACACCAGAGUGCACAUUGUCGUGCAGCAAAACCUGUGGGUCAAUCCCGGACCUGUAACUGUUAGAGAGAACUUAAAGGAAACGUACCCUCUGGUCAUCGCAAAGGUCCAGUCUAAUGAGCCCAACGCCGUGUACUCGUUAGUGCAGAAAGAACGAGAGCUCAAAUUCCCCUUCCAGAUCACAGAAGAUGGAGAAAUACAUCUGACAGAGGAGCUGGACAGAGAAGAUAAAGCAAUGUACAUCCUGGUGGUGUUUGCAGUAGAUAACGAUGACAAACAGGUGGAUCCACCCAUGGAGAUCCAAGUCUUGGUGGAGGAUGUGAAUGACAACGCCCCAGUGUGUGGGGAUGAGGAGAUUGUUUUUGAGGUGCAGGAAGACGAGCCUGUAGGCAGCCUAAUUGGACAACUGUUGGCCCAUGAUGACGAUCAAGUCGGGACACUGAACGCUCAGCUGACUUACACAAUCUUGUCCCAAAAUCCACCGACCUCACCCAACGCCUUCUCCAUCGACGCUGCUUCUGGAACAAUCCAGGCAUUACGCAUGCUGCAGCGAAGAGACCAGCAGAUGUACAACCUCAACGUCAGAGUCCACCGAUCUAGGUAGCACGCAAACUUUUUCAGCACAGAAUGUAAGGUCGUCGUCAAGGUCAUCGACGUCAACAACGAGAUGCCUCUGUUCGAGAAGAAGGAUUAUGGCAGUCACUCUCUGGCAGAGGACACUCCCGUGGGACACACGGUGCUGAGCAUCAGAGCCACAGACGCUGAUGAUCCAGACAGCGGCAGCUCCCUUAUCGACUUCCAAAUCUCUGCUGGCGACAACGAUGGACUUUUUGCUGUGGAAAGCGACGGCAAAGGCGUCGGCCAUCUGGUCAUAGUUAAGCCUCUAGACUUCGAGUCCUCUGCAACCUACAAGCUCCAGAUUGAUGCUCGUAACCCAGAGCCGCUGAUGGAGGGUCUGGGGUACAGCAGCGAAUCCACGGCCUUCGUCUCUGUGUCUCUCACGGACGUAGACGAGGCUCCAGAGUUCAGUCUGGACAUCCUGGAUGUGACUGUGCCUGAAAACACCACCAAGGGCUCAGUGCUGCUCACUGUGGAGGCGAAGGAUCCAGAGGGCAAAGAGAUAAGUUUUAAGAUGAACGGUGACACUCGCGGCUGGCUGGAGAUCGAUGCUGCCACAGGAGAGAUCAAGACCAGAGACAAGUUGGACCGAGAAACCCUAGAGACUUUUGAUGUCACCGUCACUGCGUUUGAGAAGGAAAAUCCAUCAAAGCUGUCUGAGCGCAUCGUUUCUGUGAGGCUGCUGGAUGUGAACGACAACGUUCCCAAACUGAUGGAGACCCAGGCCUUCAUCUGUGUGAAGAAACCUGAACCUAUCAUCAUCAAGUCCCAGGACAUGGACAGCGCACCCUUCUCCGAGCCCUUCACCUUCGCUUUCGCUCAUGUCAAGCAAUCUCCCAAUUGGAAACUAGAAAGAAUUGACGGUACAACAGCUAGACUGACCCUGAAGAAAAACCCAACAGAAGAUAAAACCUUUACACUCCCCAUUAAUAUUAAAGACAAUGCAGGCAUGGGAGUCACACACAAGUUUGAGGUGAGAGUCUGUAACUGCACAGAGCUCGGCUACUGCUACAUCGCACCAAUUGAGCGUAGCCUCGGUUAUGGGAUCGGACCCACCCUCGGUAUCCUGGGUGGCACUCUGGGAUUCUGCUUAAUUAUGUUCAUCAUAGUGAUCAAACAAAAAAAAGGGAAGAAGAAGACAACAAAGACUGAAGAAGAAGAGAGGAACGCAAUUAUGUAGACACACACACACACACACACACACACACACACACACACACACAUUUGUACUUUUAUAUUUGUGAGGACAUCUGUCACGCAAUGUCAUGCCUAACCGGAAUUAUUGUGUUUUUGAAACUUAACGAAACAAUCCAAGGCUAGGUCUAGCUCAUUUACAGUCUUUUGUCUUUGCCUUGCCAAAUAAACAAUAAAAAUAAGUUCAUUCAUAAAUAAAUCUUUACCGGCACAAGUGAUUACUGGAUUUUCCAAGUAUCCCCUACUUAGGACCUAAAAAUUAGAUCUCACAUAGAUAGAUGUGCACACACACGUUUUUAUAACAUUAUUUUAUGUACAAGAGAGAGUUACUUAAUCAGUGGUGUGCAUACGUAAUUAUUGCCCCCAUGCUAAUCAUGCAUAUAUAAAAGCUUGUUAACGUAUUUUAUUUGAAGUUCUCUCCCAGACUCAAGCUGUUUCAUUAGCAGUUUAAUCAUCUCACAUAGUUCAAUUAGUUUUUGGCCCAGAGCUUUUGUGUUGUAAUUCUCUUCUGCGUGAAUGUUGUGGUAGAGCUGAACAUAUCUUUAACUUUAAGAAACAUCUUAAACCCAGAACAUCACUGUAUGUAAUUAACAAUAACUACUGUAAGGAACACGCACUGCUGUUUUACAAUAAACAAAGAAACUGGGAACCGUGUGUGUAAAGUGCAUGCUUCUACAGUGCAUGUGUCUACAGUACAUGUGUAUAAAGUGCAUGCGUCUACAUUGCAUGUGUGUACAGUACAUGUGUGUACAGUACAUGCAUGUAGAGUGCAUGCGUCUA